AUGGAAGUUGGAAAGGCACCAAUGCCACCACCAAAGAUACUACCCAGGACAGACUCAUCAAGGUCAUGCAAACCACUACCAAGAAUCAAUGUCCAAACACCACCGGCAAAGUCACCAGCGACCAUUGCCUCAGCCAAUAUUACUCCACCACCUUCCAUUCAAUCAAUAUCAAAUCAACCUCAACCUCAACAACAUCAACCUCAACAACCUCAAAUCCAACAACAACAUCAACAACAACAGGAUAAUAAUAAUCCAAUACAGAGGAGUACAAGUGGAGGUGGAGCAGGUGACGACUCGACGUCAGACUUGAGCUCCAAUCAUGAUAGUAGUUUUGAUGUAUAUAAUGAUGUCGACGACGAUGUAUCCAAUAGUCAACAACCUAGCAUGACAACAGAGGAGGAACUCGAUCGUGCCAAACAAUCACUACAACAAGCAAAGUCCACCAUUGCAUCACUAAUCGAGCAGAUCUCCGACUACCAGACCAUGGUCGAAGAGGAGAAAGAAAGAGAGAAAGAGCAAUUCCUCUUACACAUUGAAGAAAUGGCCGAAGAGUUGGAUGCAUUGAAGAAGGAGAAGAACUCAAUGGCUCAAUCGAAUGUUAAGAACUUGGAGACUUUGAUGCACGAGAUGGAUUUGAUUGAGGAGACGAAUACUAAUCUGAGGGAAUCGUUGGAAGCUGAGACUCAGAAGUAUGCUGGUGCACUGGAAACAAUUGAUCAACUAAAGGAUGAAUUGGCCAAGCGCAAGUCUCAACCAUCCAACUCAGGCAACUCCAAGUCAGCCUGUCAACUAUUAUCACAGAUGACAUUGGAAUUGGUUGUACAUGAUGGUGUUGUUUCAAAGGUCAAACUUAUGAAUGCACAGCCAAACGAUCCCUCAUACUCUGGCGCCUCAAACAACUAUAUCCAACCAUCAAUAGUUGAGUUGGAGGACGAGAGAACCGAACUACUCAAGAAGUUGUUGUCCGAGAAGGAGAACCAUGGCAAGACAUUAACAUCACUCCGAGAGGAGAAGCUCAGGGCUGAAUCAAACAAGUCAUCAGCUGAUGAGUUGGUCAAGAAGGUGAAGGAAUUGAUCAAGCUACACUCCAACACAUUGAAGGACUUGGAAGAGGAGCGACAUGUCAGUCAGCAGCGUGCUGAUCAGAUCACAGAGCUACGUCUACAUAUAUCUAGGCAAACUACUGCCCCAAGACUACAGAGGACUCAUUCCAACUUUACAACACUUAAGAGGACAAGCACUCAGAGCUUGAGUCCUUUGUUGAAUAAUAAGGAUGGUGGGGACAGUCCAAAACAUAAUAUUGAACUGUUGCCAUUGUCCCCAUUGACUCCAUCGGCAUCAUCAUCUUCACCAAGUGCUGCAGCGAAUCUGAUACAUGCCAAACACUUGGGACAUCUGAAUCCGCCACCAUCACCAGAUGGCGCUGAUAAGAUUGGACCAGGUCAGUCCUCAUCACCAAGUGUGCCAAUGCUAAAGUCACUCAAACAAUCACCUCCGACCACGCCCACAUAUGCUGGCGCCGAGGAUGACUCAUUGUUUGAUGCCAAGUCCGAGUCUAGACUGCUCAAGAGAAGUGCCGCCUCACUCGACUUGAACGCGUCCACACGUAGGAUGGCCAAGGUGGCGUCGAUCCUGGGUUCAAACGAGAACAUGGUCACAUGGCUCAGCAUCGACCCUGCCCCCGCACCCAUCCAAUGCAUGGCAGAGGUGGGCAAGCAUGUGUGGGUGGGCUGCAGCGAUGGAUCUAUCAGAGUGAUUGAUCGCGAGACCCAAAACACAGUGGUAACACGCCAGGCGCACAACCCGCAUGGUAUCUACACAUUGGUGGUCGUGGGAAAGACCGUGUGGAGUUCGAGUCGCGACUCCAAGAUCAAGGUAUGGAGCAUCAAGAGUGGCAAGCUGCUCAAGGAGCUCGAGGGCCAUUCGAGCCACGUCACCUCAUUGUUGCUCGUCGGCCAGAACAUGUGGAGUAUCUCUGCAGACAUGGCCAUUCGCGUGUGGUCGACCACAUCAUUCAGGUGCAUCAAGAAGAUCGAGACCAAGAGCUACCUGGUCAGCAUGGCCAAGUUUGGCAACCAGAUAUGGAUCGGCACUGAGAGCACCAUCCUGCGAUGGGACGCCACCACCUACGAGCCAAUCGACAACCUCGUGGGUCACAAGAAGAUGGUGCACUGUAUGAUACCCGUGGACAACAAUGUCUGGUCGUGCUCGAGCGACAACCUCAUCAUUGUUUGGGACCCCCACACCGGCAAGUUGGUGCGCCGUCUGACCGACCACAAGUCGCGUGUCUUUUACCUGCUUCGCGUUAACAACCAUGUUUGGUCGUGCGCCUGGGAUCGCACGAUCAAGAUACACAGCGUGGAGACACAUGCCCUGAUCAAAGAGAUUGAGCCCGUGCACAGGGAUGCCAUCAGUUGCAUGGCGUUGGUGAGUCGCGCUGGUAUACUGACGCCACAGAUCUGGUCCGGAUCAUGGGAUCACACCAUCAUCAUUUGGAAGUCAUCAGAUCCAGUCGUGGCGCCACCAUCGAUCGUGGUCAAUCACGAGGCAUCAUUGUCGGCGAGCGGCACAAGCUCGCUCUCCCAAGGAAUGUCCAGGAAGAACACUACAAGCAAACUUGAGACCAAGGCCAAGCGUGGAUCAGUUCGUCUCUCACUAUUCUUUGGCUCACGAUCCGAUCAGCUGAUCAGCUCGGCGUCCUCGCCAAACCUUUUCCACGAGACCAAGCCUGGCGGCACCCCAAUCACUGACGUCGCGCCACCCAUGCCACAAGCCCAAUCACAACAGACACUACAUCUUGGAGGUCAGUUGACAACUCAGCCAUCAUACCUUCAACUACAACAGCAGCAUCAUCAACAGCAACAGCAGCAGCUACAACAACAGCAACAGCAACAGCAACAGGUUGUAUCGCCGCGCAGUGUUGGCGGAGGUGGAUUGCUUUCUCCAAGAUCACAAUCAUCGGUUAGCUUGUUAAAUGGUCUGUCUCCAUCGGCAUACAACGCAUCAUCAUUGUUAAUGGCGGCCACAUCACCUCCACGACGAACAAGUUCAUCAAUCGACUUUGAUAGCAUUGGCAGCAGUGGUAGCAUGAGUAGCAUGAGCAGCAUCAACCUCACUGGCACGCCACACAACAACCAACAAACAAUAGUUCACGACCUAGUCAAGAUACAUCAUAACUCUGUAACAUGCUCAAUAUGUCAGCUAAAGAUACAGAGUACAUUAAUGAAGAAACAGGUGUUCCAUUGCAAGAACUGUCUGUCUAACUACCAUAUCGAUUGUGUUGACAGGGCAAUGUCGUCACCAUGUCCAGCCAGCUGUGCUACCAAGUCAACAGCACUGUCUACAAUCUCUGAGAAAUAA